AUGUCGUACGGCGGCGCUGCUAUGCGGCCAAAAUGGCACGGCAGCUGCGUGUGCAAAGAGGCUGCCAAAGGAAAACCCGUUGGAAAGAAGUUGGUUUUGAAAGGAUUCAAUCCUUUCUUCUCCCCAAACUUGGUUUGUUAUAUUGGGCUCAUCAUCACCUCGCUCAUCGUCGAAGCCUGUACCACCCAUCCAGUCGACCCUCUCAUCUAG